AUGAAGUCCAAGGACUCAGAUUCACACAAAAAAUUUCCAUCCAAGUCAUGUCCCUUAAGGUAUGGGACGGCCAAAAUCCAAGAAGAUGCCUUGAGCCUAUUUCAAGCUGGGUUACGUGACUUUCUCAGCUCAUACAGAGUUAAUUCUCGGGAAAAUCAAUUCAAUGGAUGGGGAAUAACAGCUCUUUCUGUUUCAGCCGGUAAAAUAGUAGCUAUACCAUCUGUAAGUUCAAAUUUACUUUUGUAGUAUUUUAUUGCCCUGCAAUGUUUUCCUCGAUACUCAUUUUUGUGUCCACUUGUAGCAGUAAAACCUUACAAAUUCAUGUUUGGCAUAUAGUUUCUGUCAAGGCAGCCCAAUGUUUGAACCAGGUUCUGAAUAACGGUAACGGCCGCCGUAACGGUAACGGUAACGGUGUAACGGACGCGAGAUGAAACGGGCGUUAC